GCUAGCCAGCUCUUGAUCCAACAAGAGUGAAUUAGAGGCGGAGCAAGCUAGCUAGCUAGCUAGUGUGUAUAGGAAUCACACUUCAAGCAUUUAUCGAUUGAUCAAGAGAUAUAAAUAUGGCUCCGGUGGGAUUACCUCCCGGAUUUAGGUUCCAUCCGACGGAUGAAGAGCUUGUGAAUUACUAUCUGAAGAGGAAGAUAAUUGGGCAAGAGAUUGAGCUUGAUAUCAUUCCGGAAGUUGAUCUCUACAAAUGUGAGCCUUGGGAAUUAGCAGAAAAGUCAUUUUUGCCAAGUAGAGACCCGGAGUGGUACUUCUUUGGACCCCGGGAUCGGAAAUACCCAAAUGGAUUCAGAACUAACAGAGCAACAAGAGCUGGAUACUGGAAGUCGACUGGCAAAGACAGGAGAGUCUCAUCCCAGAAUCGAGCCAUCGGAAUGAAGAAGACGCUGGUUUACUACAGAGGCCGAGCCCCUCAGGGCAUUCGGACCGAUUGGGUCAUGCAUGAAUAUCGCCUAGAUGACAAGGCUGACUGCCUCGACGACACCUCUGCUGGCAUCCAGGAUUCUUUUGCAUUGUGUCGCGUGUUCAAGAAAAAUGGAAUAUGCGCGGAGAUUGAAGAGCAAGGAGGGCAAAGUAGCAGUAGUGAUGUAUCGCUAUUAAUUCAUGAAAGAUCAUCACAAUUAUUAGCAGCAGGAGGUCUACACCAUAACGAUCACUGUAGUAUUGAAACCAUGUCACCGGAAAAUAUUCCGAGGGCAUUGUCAUCGUCAUGUCUGCAGGACUUGGAGGAAGAAGAUAAGGACGACUCGUGGAUGCAGUUUAUCACAGAUGAUCCAUGGUCUUCGUCUAACACUCCAAUUAAUGGUACUACUGCUGAAGUCGACCUCUCUCAGUCUCAUGCGGGUGAGGCCUUCACAACCUAAUCGUUCACUAUACAAAGAUGACUUCAUUUAUGGGAGAAUAUUGCUGGAUUGGUGGUAAAUA